AAUAUCAGCGUUGCCGCCAACGGUCACAAACGGGCCUAAAGCGUAAGCUUGCUGAUGUAGGGGAGCCGUCUGAAUGACGCAGUAGCCGAGUAUAAUACAAAUCUUGAAACUCGAAUGGAACGGUCAUGUUCUCGACUCUGUCUUCUUUUCUUCCACCAGCACUGCAGCUAGGGGCUCAGGACAAGACACCUCCGACUCCAGACAGGGAGAGCAUUCUCGGGCAACCACAUCUUACUGAAGAGCCCCAACGAAACAUGGGCGUCGAUGAGCAGGGUGUAAAGAAGAGGAAAGAACGGACACAUGAGUCGUUCAUCGUUGUACGACCACCGCCAUCGAAAACGAACCACCCGCUCAAUCUCCAGGUACAACUAGUACCUCCAAGCGCGAAAGACAAGGAUAGGUCUAUGAGUUCACGCCGAUCUUUCGAUUCCACCACAGAUGUGACGGAAGACGGAAUUGCACUCACCCGCACCAGCUCAAACAGAUCGGAUGUAUCGAUGUACUCGGGGUAUACCUCGGUAACAUCGUUCAGCAGUGUCGGGUCUACAGCAUCCUCAACAUCCUCGAGACGGAUGAUCAUACCGCUAUACAAUCUUCAAGCACACAACGUCAUGACCAAUGUCAUUGUCGACGCAGGCACCGACGCCAAGGUGGCUAAAUUCCAAAGACGUGGCUUAGAAGUCAUCGGCUUGGCUGUCCUCGAGCCUAUCGAGGUCUGGCCUGGAGCUUCAGUUGACUCUGACUUCGGACAUGGACCAUCCAUCGAAGGACAACCACAACUCCUGGGAGUUGAACCGCCACACACCGCUACAUCCUCCGCCGUCUCACUCACUUCCGAUACCCUCAAUACCCACAGCACCCACGACAGUUCGACAGUACCCACGACACCUCUCACCCAACAACUACAACAACAGUCCGAACGCAAUGCCGGCGGUGGUGCGCGCAAGUUCUUUGGCAAGAUGUUCAAGAAGAAGGGGUCUGAGACGUCAUCCGGCUCCGGAGCCCAACCGCCUCCUCCUCUUCCCCUGCAUGUCCAACAAGAGCAGACAACACGAUCGGUCAAGAGAUCGUCCUUGUUGUUGGCUGCAAGUCAGUUGACUUCACACCUACCGUCCCCAUCAAGUUCGACUUUCCAUCCGCAGUCGCAAGUUUUACAUUCACAAGGUGCCUCUGGGAAUGGAGAGCCUCCACCUUCUGCGACUGUGACCCAAUAUACAAUAUUGGGUAUUCAGCCUGUAUUGAGUUCCCCGGUAUAUCCUCCGAGAGGGCGACAUCCGAAGGCAUAUGUAUGGAUCGUGCGAAGAUGGCUGAAGAAUGGUAACGGGAGUGGGAGCAGUGAUGGGUUCCUGGGUAUGAUCAAUGAUAGGAUGAGUGCACCUGGUACGCAUGUCCCCGUUGAAGUCAGAUUCGAGUGGACGAGGGCACGAGGAAAGGGGAAAGGGUCGCGAGGACGGCGGAAGACUGAAGACGAAGGUCGAGAUGGUCGGCGGGACAGCAAAGCAUUGUCUUCCAACACACCAUCGACUUCAUCUUUUGCUCAACAGACAUCACCAACAACGCUCAGCCCUGAACAAGCUACUUCUCGAUCUCCGAAAGCCAAAAUAUCGCGUAUGGAGCGUUCUGCGGAUCGCGAAUCGAGACGGUCGAAACGUUCCAGCUUUACGCAUUCGGAAGAUGGCCAGUCCCCUCAUCGAGGUCCGUCGCUCGAAGCGGAUGUAGACGACGGUGAAGAGAGUGACCCUGAAGAUUCGGAAACCCCAUGGACAUGCUCCAUAGUCCUUCGUUCACACCCUUCAACAACAUCCCCUUCCUUCGCACAUUCACCAACACAGAAUCAACCACCACAAGAAGUGAGACUUCGCGUUGGAGCAAUUGUCCCGGCGCCUCAUCACCCGAAAGUGGUCGCUCUGCUGAAGAUUCCUUUCCCCCUACCCGACAUCGAAGUGGAUAAAGCCCUAGUGCGGAAACGCGUCGUGACUCCAGCAGGAGUCGCCAGACCUGCUACCGCACCUGCGAGCGUGAACUCUCCUGGGUCACCACCCGGUUCGUCGACUUCACCCUUCGGUGCUUCGUUUAGGAACGCAAGUCAAGCAGUACCGAAACCUGCUUUGAUCUUGACAGCGGAAGAGAUCAAGGACAUCGUUUCGUGUACGGCUCUUUGGCUUGUCGUACGGGAAGGGUUUGGUGGUGUGGGGAAGGAGAAACGAAAAGGUGAUGGAUGGCGAAUACGAGGGUGAAGCAAGCAAGCACGAAGAAGAGGGAGAAGCGGGGAAUGGGAGAACAACCGAUGCAUCUCAAGUCCCGCCGCCCAUUUUGACUAUUGGCGAGAUCCCGAGUCCGACGGUAUGUUUCUUCGCGAACAUACGAACUGCGGCCAGACGCUCAGCUUGACCGGAUGGCAUCAUGUUCGAGGCAGCUUGAACACGGAGACUCUCACUCCUCUGAACGUAUUUAUACUAGUUUUGGGAGUAAGAUGUCAAGUCGGUCUUUCAAGUGUCAAGGCUAUCAACGGUUUCGCCUGUCGAUGUCAAGCACACAUGUGCAUGCUUUUUUCACCCCUUGCUUUUCGUUCUUGGUUGUGCCUGAACCUGGACCGACCGUUCCUGAUCGCUCAUCUGUCAAACAUCUUAUAAUCUUGUCAUCUCCCUCGUACACUCAUGCAUCUACUUCACUUCCAUCUACUUCACCUCCAUCUACUUCACCUCCAUCUACUUCACCUC